UAUCAAAAGACCGAACUCUGACUCUAGCGGGAGGCAGUAUCAUGGCUUAGUUCCACACUUCCACCAUAAAGCUUCUAGAACCCUCCUUAAUCCUUUGCACAAAUAUAGAAAGCCCAUCAUUUUUAUUUUCUAUUUGUUAAAUUAGGGUUUUGUUAUCCUGAAUUCCUGAUACAUCGCCCUCCUUUCAUUUCCACUUGCAGAUUUUUCGAGCUUGAGAGCAAGUUAUGGCGGCCACGCAGCUGACUUCCGCUGCAUCUUCAGUUUCUGCAAGAGGGUUCACCUCGUUCGAAGGUCUCAGAGCUUCGAUCCCAGUUAGGGUUUCGUGCUUUCAACCAUUGAAAAACAACGGGCUUUCUCUCAGGUCGUUCCGAGGGCUUGCAGUCAGGGCUGCUACGACUGUCGCCCCAAAGUACACUUCUCUGAAGCCAUUGGGCGAUAGGGUUUUGGUGAAAAUUAAGACAGUAGAGGAAAAGACUUCCGGCGGCAUCUUACUGCCAGCUACGGCACAGUCGAAACCUCAAGCUGGUGAGGUAGUUGCUAUUGGGGAGGGUCGUUCAGUUGGGAAGAACGAGGAGGAGAAUAGUGUCAAGAGCGGAGCCCAAGUGGUGUACUCAAAGUAUUCUGGGACAGAGGUCGAAUUUGACGGAUCAAAUCACCUCCUUUUGAAUGUGGACGAUAUUGUCGGCAUUCUUGAGACUGAUGACGUGAAAGACAUGAAACCUCUGAACGACAGAGUUUUAAUAAAGGUUGCGGAAGCUGAAGAGAAAACGGCUGGUGGUUUGUUAUUGACAGAGGCAAGCAAGGAGAAGCCAUCAAUUGGCACUAUUGUUGCGGUUGGGCCUCGCCCGCUUGACAAGGAGGGUAAAAGAAAGCCCUUGUCUUUGGCCCCAGGAAAUACGGUUUUGUACUCUAAAUACGCGGGCAAUGAUUUCAAGGGUGUGGAUGGCUCUGAUUACAUAGCUCUACGUGAAUCUGAUGUGAUUGCUAUUCUUUCUUAGAUGUGUUUUGGGUAUUAUUGCCUUUUGUUGGCACCUUAAAAUUUUUUGAAGGAAGUGUUGAAAAACGAACGCUUUCAAUUUAGACGGGAUGUCUUGUCUGUAGCUUCAACUGAAAACUUUUUUCUGAUGUUUAUUGAUUUAAAAUAACGAUAAUUUGUUCAAGUACUGAUGGCACUGGGCAUUUAUAUUGACUUUGUUCACCUCUUAUCAUUUAAUGUGAAGGAUGAUGGUAGUCUGGGAAGAUUUAAUGUUGAGAAUGCUUUUCAUAUAA